AUGAUUACACCCGAAGCUUUCAGGCUGCUGUUGGUGAAAAUCACACGAUGGACUCCUCAGACAAUACCGUCGCGUGUACUUGUUGCGCUUUCCGGUGGUGUUGAUUCGAUCUGCCUCACGUAUUUGCUUCUGCAAUACAGCAGACUUUACUGCAACAAUGCCAUAGCCAUAAAUGCUAUAACCAUAGACCAUGGAUAUCGUUCCGGUUCCAAUGAAGAAGCAAAAGCCGUGGGAAAACUAGUGGAGAAAUGGGGAGUUCAGCAUAUUGUAAAAAAGCUAGAGUACGAGAAACUUCCUACUGAGUAUUCGAACUUUGAAGAAAUAGCUAGAAUGAAAAGGUAUGAAAAGUUCGAAGAAACUUGUCACCAAUCGGACGCUUCACAUUUGUUUGUAGCUCACAAUUUGAACGACCAAUUGGAAACGUUUAUCCAGAGAUUGCAGGGGAAUUCGUCAAUUUAUGGACUUGCUGGGUUGAAAGCCCAAACCUCUUUACCAGUCCAGCUGCAACUUCCGUCUGCAGAGAAGGAAAGAAUUUCAGUCAUCAGGCCAUUGUUACUGUUUGAAAAGUCAGAGAUCAUUGAUACUUGUAAACAACAGAAUAUUUCGUGGUUUGAGGACUCGACAAAUAUGGACAUAAACUUGACAAAACGUAACUACUUGCGACAUCUCAUAAACGUAGCUAUUCCUGAGAAACUAGCAGCAAAUGAUAAGUAUAUUCUGAUAAGCAAAGCCAAGUUGAUCGAACUGCAUGAAGAAAUUACUGAAAUGGUAGAGUCUCUAGAAGAAAAGGUAGAUCUGUUGGAUCAAAUGGCGAAAACAAAUGGACUACUCGCUGUAGAUCCUCGUAAUGGAAGUUUGUCAUUAAAGUUGAGUAAUGAUAUUCUCACAGAAGAUAAUAUUGUUAUUGUGGGCAAGUAUUUGUAUCAACUUCUUUAUCCCUUUUCAUCAAUACGACACUACCAUUGGGCUUACGCUAAGCUUGAACGUCAAUUGGUACCCAGAAUUGUGCAAUUUGCACACUCGACUGGAGAUUCCAAGCUAACGUAUCUAAACUUAACAAUCAUUCUCAAGAAUGAAAAUGGAAUAACUACACUAGACAUUUCAAGACAGCCAAUACUACGUGGUGCUUUGAAGGAGAUAGCUUACGAGGUUGACCUUACCGCAGAAUGGUCUAAGUGGACACUUUUUGAUAGACGAUUCUGGCUACGUUUCAAGACUUCUCUUUUUAACGGAUGCAAAGUAACUGUAGCUCCAUACAAUCAUAAAGAACAUAAAUCGAAGCUACAUCCAGAUUUAGAACAGCAAAAGGCUUUGCGAUUCUCCAAGGAUAUGAACAAUGUUCCCGUUGUUUUCCAUAACGACCAAAUCAUAGCAUUUCCUACAUAUUCAAUGUGUUUUUCGCAGCCAAUGUUGGAAUGGGAAUGGCACCAAAAAGAUAACGUAUAUAGACUAUAG